CACACUGGACGGUAUGCCGUCCUUUGUAAUCUAAAUGCACCACAAGGUGAAGUGCUCAGGCAUACUAAAACCAGUCUUUCUACAGACAAGGGAAAGAGGUCUGUCCUCUUACAGUGACGCAGAGUGCAUCUCCAAAACUAAAGCAAUGGAGCCACUGCCUGAAGCUCGUGUCACCAGCCACCGUGGUUGCUCAGAUAAUGUUCUGAAUGUGAACUUGAGCAUACUCAAGCCCAGAAGAGUGGUCGAGGUCUACAUCAAACGCAGCUUAAGUCUAAGAGAAGGUGAUGCCAUCAGCAAGAAGAUGAAGUGGAGAUCUCUUCCAGAAAAUGUCUCACCAAGAAGCAUGAACUGCAAGGAGGGUCCUGGCCUGAGUGACCCAGGAAAACUUUGCAGAGGUCAAGACAAGCAACAAAAUGAGACAGAGAGUCAAAAGCAUGGAGAUAAGGUGAUGCCUUCAAGCAACAACUCUUUGAACGUUGAGUCAGGUGUGGAGAAGGGAGCCAGCAAGGGCAGGAGCAAGGAUGGGAAAAAAGGGAAAAAGUCUCAAACGUUCUUUGGAAAAGUUUUCAGUUUCCUAUGGAAAAUGAAAGGUGAUGAGAAGAAAGGUGAUGGACAUAAAAGAUUGAAAGAUUCUCCCCUGGCCGAACACCCUCCAGAACACAAUGGACAACAGUACCUUGCCAACAACCAGGAGCCAUCAGGAGAGCUGCCCAUUAUUCACAAGAAAAGAAAUAGCCUUAGGAGAGUUUUCUCUUUAAAGAGAAAUAAUUCUGAAUCUAAAGACAUUGGAUUGGGUGGUCCAGGAGCCAGUAAGAGUAAGGAUGUCCGUCCCAGUCAGCUGGAUCUCAAAGGCGGAUGCAGGCCAAGACAAAAUAAAACAGAACGAGACUCUUACUAUCUGUAUGAGCAGGUGUCCGAGGAAGCUGAGCGGAUUGUGCGGACUUUGGAGUCCAGUGAGGGACGUGAAGAUAAACUAAAAAGCAGAAGAAGAGCAGAAGUAUUAGAAACACAGUGCAUGGUGAAGUCAGCAGAUGACAGCAUAUGGAAAAUCAUUGAAAUACUCCAAAAUAUUGGCGAUCAUGUUGACUCAGAGCUUCAAGGAAAUUCCCAACUUUGCACUUUCUUCACAAACAUUAGCUACGAUGCCUUCAAGGAACUGGCAGACCAAUAUGUCCAAAAAGAGGUGAAGAACAAGGGACCACAGGAGAACCCUGAGUUUGUCAAGCUGGCAUUUACACUUGAUUUUACUGCAAAGGUUGCAGGGAUCUGUGACCACCAGAUCAAGCGGAUCACGGGCUUUGGGAGCCAGUACCUCCAGGAUACAUGUUGGCAGAUGCUCAGUUUCAUUGAACAGGAAGAAACAGCAAACAGUGCAGAACAACCUCCAAGUCCAGACUGAAGAUGAAGAAUGACUGGACAAUUUAAUGGACAAUUAGUGGACAACUUUACUUCCUGGAGGAGGCUACACUUCCCGAAUCUCUAGAGUGAUGCAGGCUGAACAGAACAUGAGAACAAACUCACCUGGCCAUAAUAACCUUACCUGAUAGACAAUGUGACCACUGCCAUGGCUCAAGACUCUGCUGCUUGGUUGCUGCGAGAAUGAUCUUUGGAUUGUUUUGUUCUGAUUUUACAAUGAGUCAUUUGUUAGGCACUUCCCCACCCAACAUGGAGCCUUCUUAGGGUUGGGAGACAGUUCUAUAAUGCUAUCUCUAACCCACACCAACCUACCUUUAAACAUUAUCAUAUUGGUGUUUAUGGCAAAUUGUCCACCUUCUCAAGGUAGUGGUUGAACAUUCCCAUUUUGCAGAGAGUUCCCUGUAAUCAGCCAUCCAUCAGGUAACUUGGCAGAGUGAGACAACUGAAGAGCUUGCAGUCAGUGCAGCUGUUAGAGUUGGGGAGAGCAAGGGAAUGGGGACUGUGACCAGCUUGUACUUUAACACUAUGGCAAGAUUUGGAUAUGGAAACUGACCCUUGUACAGGUCGACCAGGCAAGUGAUUAUACUUCCUUAAAAAAAAUAGGAUCACAUCUGUCAUCAGUUGAUUUCCACAAAAAACUUUCACUUCCAUCAAAAGUGUUUAUAAUUGUGUGUGUAUUGUCUGAAUUUGUUUAAUGUAUUUUCUGUGGCUUUUAUAUUGUAUUAUUGUACAAUAUCAGAGGUGUUAUGAGUAUUGGUGUGAUUUUGAGUCUUUCCGUGCAGUGACGUGUAAGGUAGGCUAGUGAUAAAUGUGAUUGGUCUAAAAUGAAGAGACGGCCCUUUUAUGGGGUUGAGAUUCACUGAAUGUGGGUGAGAACAGAAGGUGGAAUAUGUGUCGGACAACGGGGAGGGGUGCGGGAGGCAUGGGUUGAAGAGCUGGAAUUGAAACCAUGACUGGAAGGGCUUGACACUUUGGAAGGCCUCUGUGGAAAA